AUGCAGUCCCUGCAGCAGAAGGCGUCGGAGUGGAGCGGCGUGGCGGGGGCGGACGCCUUCGCCAUCGACGAGACGAAUCUGUUCGAGAAGCUCGGCCUCCAGACCUUCGUGGACCUUUCCACCAGCUUCUACAACAGGCAAGAGCGGAUCGUACUCUUGAUUUGGCCCAUUCCUCACCUCCGUCUUGGUACUCUGUUUUACUUUUCGAUCGGAUCAGACCGAUCCCGCAACACUGGUGUGUAGUUUCUUGAUCUCCUUUCUCUUGGGAUGGUAGGGUGUUUGACGACGAGGAGCAAUGGUUCCGCUCCAUUUUCGCUACUUCCAAGAAGGAGGAUGCGAUACGAAACCAGUACGAAUUCUUCGUGCAGAGGAUGGGAGGACCUCCUCUCUACUCAGAGAGGAAAGGUACGCUGAAUUUUCAUCAUCCUGGUUCUGUUGUCGUAUCUUUCUACACUCCUUCCCGGUCCAUUUCGCUUUAUGCCGCUGCGCGUUAUUAUUAUGCCUGCUUUGCUUCCAUCCUUAUCUGUUCCAGCUAAUAUUAGCUGUACUCUGAGCACAGUUAGCUUUUUAAUGUUCUUUCCAACGACAUGGUUCCAUCAAAUUUAUUAAGACGCGAUUAGGAUUGCAAGCAUCUGGUGCUAGUUUUUUUUAUCCGAAAGGUACGAGAACGAACAAACAGAUUUCAUAAACAUUUUUUUCACGCGAGACUUGGUGGUUUCUCCUCAGAAAUAUAUGCGUGGGCUCCUGCACUCUGUUCUGAUUGAGAGAUUGAGAAUGAUUUUUUAUCAAAAUUGCUAGCAUUGUUCUAUCAUCCUUCACAGGAAAAUUUACUGAGCAUGGGUAUGGCCAUCUUCCGUGUCUACUGACAAAUGCUUGGACAAUAUGACCCCCGUUGAAUUACAAUGCCCCGUUGCGCGUUAUUAUUAUGCCUGCUUUGCUUCCGUCCUUAUCUGUUCCAGCUAAUAUUAGCUGUACUCUGAGCACAGUUAGCUUUUUAAUGUUCUUUCCAACGACAUGGUUCCAUCAAAUUUAUUGAGACGCCAUCAGAGUUGCAAGCAUCUAAUGCUAGCUCUUUAUUAUCCCAACGGUACGAGAACGAACAAACAGAUUUCGUGAACAAUUUUUUCACGCAAGACUUGGUGGUUUCUCCUCAGAAAUAUAUGCGUGGGCUCCUGCACUCUGUUCGGAUUGAGAGAUUGAGAAUGACUUGUGAUCAAAAUUGCUAGUAUUGUUCUAUCAUCGUUCGCAGGAAAAUUUACUGAGCAUUGGUAUGGCCAUCUUCCGAGCCUAGUAGUAAAUUAUUGGUCUUCAUAUCCUUCAGGGAUAUCUUUUGGAUGGAACAAGGCCCAUGAUGACAUUCGGUCAUUUAUCUCUGGCCUAGUAUAAGAGUCUGUAGAUUUCAAGCUCAAAUAGUGUCUAAUCAUCGGAUCAAUCCACCUUUUAUUACGUUGACUGGUUUGUCCCAUUUUGGCCGUUGCUUUAUGAAGACACGUCGGUAGCUGUUGGUUCAGCAGGCUUCUUUUACUACUUCAAUAAAUUGUCUGAGCCUAAGCUUCCAGGUGCAAUAAAGUCAACGGCAGGUCUCCCAUCCUGUGCCUUUCAACUCGUCGCAAAUGUAAAGUCAGAAUCUGGCCGUUCUCUAGAUACACUAAGGGGAAGGUAAGCAUUAGAUGCAGGUCUGCGGUGGCUUUCAGAAUUCGCCACUGGGUGCCCCCAAUAGUUAAUAUACUCGGUCUACAUAGAGAUGUCUAUAUAUUGUACAUACCAACAUCAAAUAAUCAGGGAAAAGGCACAUAAUUCCCCAAUAUGCUCUGGAAAUCUUGGUCGACCAUUUCUUGCAAGUUCAUUGAUAUUUCUGUCGAUGUUCUCUGUCAAGGGUUUUGGAAGCAUCCUCGAUUAGGUACUAUCAUUUUUCACCUCCCCAUUUGUGUAGUGCAGCAUUCUGACAGACGCUUCAGAGCAACCCAGCAGAAGUCAACCAUGGCAAAAGAUCUUUCUCGCUAUCCAUUGAUGGAAACUGAACUAAAUAAAACCCUAAGGAAGGCAGUGCCCAGACCACAUCUACUUUUUUCCAUUAUUUUUGUAUGGUUUUCCGCUAUGGAUGCCCAUUAAUAUAAUAUUUAGAAUUUUCUGUUUACAUCGGACGAUAAUCAUUCAUCAUGUUCGUGAUAUCCAUAUCUUAUUCCUUCAGGGGGGACCUUCAGCGGAAUUUGCCUUCUUUUCCAGAUCCUGUAAAGAUUUAUAUCUCAGAAUCCAUACGUUGACUUCGGUUCAUGGCUUGGACAGGCCAUCCGGCGCUGAUCGGACGCCACCGCCCCUUUCCUGUCACCCACCGGGCCGCUGAAAGAUGGUUGCACCACAUGCAGCAGGCGUUGGACAGCACCCAGACCAUCGACCCGGAUUCCAAGAUCAAGAUGAUGAAUUUCUUCAGGCAAGCCUCCCUCAAACCCUAGCUAGCUCUCUGGACAGAAAUCUAGCUUCAUUGGCUUAUAAUCCCCCUCUCUCUCUCUCUCUCUCUACAGGCACACUGCGUUUUUUCUCGUGGCUGGGGAUGAGCUGAAGAAUCCGGCAACGAAAGGAGCGGUGCCUGCCUGCAAGCACGCGGCCAGCAAGCCAGCGGCAGAGUGA